UGGCUGCGGCUAUUGUUAUAAAAUUUACAAAAUUAUUCAUUUUACAUUUCGUUAUACUAUAGCAAUAUGGAAUCCGGGGGUCAAGAUGAGAAAAACGACACAGAGAUCCUCAACAAAUUGGAAGACGAACGUUUUAGACUACAGAGACAGGUGCGAGUAAUAGAAGCAGAUAGACUACAUCGGACUACAGGAGUCCACCCACAGCUGCGAAGACAGGACAUGCUACUCGGAACCUUGAAGAAAGAGUACAUAAACUUGCUGAAAGACUUGAAAAUCGCAAGAUCCGGAGCACACAAGAAGAAAGAUAAGAAAAUGAAGAGCACUCUAAAAAGAGCUCUAUUGCAGAGGAUCAAGUCUGAAAUUGAUAGUGAAGAGGGCACGACUGAAAUGCAUCAAUUAGAAGAAUUAUUUCAAAAGAAUCUCCGCGAGAUGUUACAGUUGAAGAAAAUAACAAAUGCCACGACUGGACAGUUGGAUGAACGUCGAACCCAAAGCGAGUCACGACUGAUGGCCACUGAAAAUAAGCUGGAAGCGGCCAUGCUCAGAUUUAAUUUGGUCCAGACUGAAAACAAAAAGAUCAGGGACGAAAUAAGCCAUAUGUUGAAAGACAGGGCGAUAUUCAACAAAAACUGGGCGAAAAUGAUGAAUUCCCUUAGUAAGGGGAAGAAAUUCCUGACGGACCUUUUCGAGUCUUCGACUCUCGCUUAUGACCAAAGAGAUGAGUGGUGCACCAAGCUGAAGUCCACCCAGGAGAAGGGUAAAAUGGAUCAGAUGCUACAAGUUCAAGAAAUGCGCGAGCUAAAAAAGGCUUACGACAACGAGAUCGAGCUUUACAACUUUCUGGCGAAGAAAGGACUCAAAAGAAUAAACAUGAAACAGGAAGAGAGAGCAGAAGAAGAGAAAAGAUUAAAAGAAGAAGAAGAAAUCAAUCUUUUACAUGGACAUCUAAAGAUACUGAGAGAUAUAUACGACUAUACAAAAGAAACCGACAUCGAAAAUAUUAUAGAAGACUUCGAAAUGAGAGAACAAGAAAACUUUUCGAUUUACAAACUCUUAAAUGAUUUCUGCGCAGAAAAUCAAGUGCUAAGUCAUGAAGUUACAAAACUUAGACGAGACAUUGAUGACCGAAGGGACUGGAAUGACAUGAUGAGUGGUAAAAGAGAAGAGCAAUUGGACAAUCUGAAUAAGGAAUUAGAAAUACAAAUGACAAAGACGCAUGAGAUGAAAGAUAAACAUGACGAAAGAAAACAGCUUAUUGAUAGUACAAUGGAGAAAAUUAGUGACAUUUUCAAAAUGCUGGACUGCAGUAUCGAGCCUUACCAGAACCUUCUCGGUGACAAAGAGCCUUCGCUUAACACCUUCGAUCUGUCGCUGCGGCUCAUCAAUGAAAAAAUUAAAGAAUACAUACACUGUGCUUAUUAUUAUGAGCGACUUCUGCAGAAAAAGGAAAAAUCUACUUCAUCGCGCUUGAAGAGGUAUACGGUGAGGUUAGAACCACCGGCUCUGUUCUCACCGCACCAGAUUGGGACUCUAGUGCCGACCGAGACGUGUCCUGCCUGCGUGGAGGCCCGUUGGCUGUCUCGAGUCUCCGAAAGCCUUGAGGUUCCAUUCGACGAGACAAUGUCCAGGGCAGCGUUGGCUGAGCUCGCCUCUGACCCGGCGUACAUGCGCAGUGACCGUAUACACACGUUGUCUGAAUGUCGUGUCCCGUCCAGCCGAGGUAUACUGGCUAGACGCUAUUUGAAUUACUAAAUGUAUUUUACUAUAUUACUAAUAUACAAAUUGAAUAUUAUGAAUUUCUUAUUAUGAAUUAUUAUGAAUUACUAAUAUUCAAUGUAUGUUCAAGUUAAUAACAAAAUAAAACACUUUGGCAUUUAAAACAA